CUUGAAUGAAGUUUUUAUAGGUUUUUUCGUGUUUGUAUCUGCCUCAGUGGAUAAAUGCCAAAUUCUCAUGAUGCCUCAGAUUAGUUACAUCCAUAAUGGAGGUCUUUCAUUUUUCUUAGUGAUGGCAAAUCUCUUUAUGGUCUUUUAUGUAAUUAGUGUGUUGGCAUUUGCAGAGGAAUCUCCCUUCUGCAACUGGAUCAGCAUCUACCAAGACCACUGGAUCAGGAUGGGCGGCUUUCUAAUUGUGUGAACAAUAGUUGAGUUUGUAAAAUCUUUGACUUGGUGUUAUUUAUUUGAUUCGAAAAGGAAAAUGAAGAAAAACAGAAAGAAAGGAGACGUUACUCUACAAUUCCAUAUCUGGAAUAACAUUUCCAACAUCAAUAUGAUAUGCUCCUUUUUAACCUACGUGAACUUGAAUGUUUCAUGAUUUUGUUUUAUUUAUAAAUGUAAUAUAAUGGGGAAAUUAUU